CUAGGCGCGGUGCGGAGAAGCGGUGGGAAGGCGCAACCGCUCACCUGCGGGCCAGCGCGCACCGGAGGGACCGGGCUGCGCUCUCGUGGGCCCUGGCAUUUCGGACUCGCCCGGAGGAGCCUUGCAAGCGGCCACGCUCCGGGUGUUCCCCGCCGGUCUGCCCGGAGGAGCCGAGGGGCCACCGGCAGCUCUUUGCUUUGACAGAGGGGAGGCGGGGAGAGAGGCGAGUAACAGCGCCAGCGAGCCAGGCAGAAACUCGAGCCGGGAACAAAGAGGGAUCGGGCUCGAGUGUGUGUGUGCGUGUGUGUGUGCGAGUGUGUGUCUGUGUGUGUUUGUACGUGUGUGUAUCGGCCCGAGCUGCGGGCUGGAACAUUUGGGCCCGAAGCUCCUGCUGUGACUCCCCAAGACUCCGCCGUGCCAGCCACUGCCGAUUCCCAGCGCUCAUCAGCACAAACUUUAUUCUUGGCAAACUUCUCUUUUUCUCCCCUCCUCCUCCGUCCCCUCCCCCUCCAGCAGAUUAAAUGCUCCUCCAGAAGGAAAACCGAAGCGAAAGGGAAGGAAAGAAGCUCUAGCGCGGACGUCUGCAGCUCCGAGUGGCUCUUUAUUGUUUACUCUGAAGGAAGUGGACUUUUCGGUAUUUUCUGAUUCUCCUCGCACCUCCUCUGGGGCAAAGGGAGCCUCUUGGCCCAGUCCUCUUCUCAGCACCCCCCUCCCCAACACCGAAAUCAGCAUCCGAGGAAUCCGUGGAGAGGUUUUGCACGGUGACGCGCCACGGGACCCUCGUUUGCACUUUGGAAAGUCGUGUCCCCUCCGGAAUCGGUGUCCUCGGAGCACAGACCCCAGCAGCGAGUGCGGCGUGGGGUGGCCAUCCAGCCCUGGCAGCCUAGCUUAGUGCACGCGGAGCGGCGCAGACGCUCCCAGAGGCGCCGGCAGCUGCCGCCCUCGCAGUCUGGUGCCCUUCGCCCCAGGGCCGGGCGCCGGCGUCCUUCUAAGUGGGAAAGCGCGGCAAUCGCAGAGGCUCCUGCAGCUGCUCCAGCCGUGGGCCCCUCGCUUGCCCACCCACCCCGCUUCCAUUCGCAGCCCUUCCGCACUCAGUCUUCCAACUCCCCCACCUCACAUCGACCCCCCCCUUCCUGCUGUCUCGGAGUGCUCCCGCAGCGGAGCGGAGAUUACACAGCCGCCGGGAUGCCCCAACUUUCCGGAGGAGGCGGCGGGGGGGACCCGGAACUCUGCGCCACCGAUGAGAUGAUCCCCUUCAAGGACGAGGGCGAUCCCCAGAAGGAGAAGAUCUUCGCCGAGAUCAGUCACCCCGAAGAGGAGGGCGACUUAGCCGACAUCAAGUCAUCCUUGGUUAACGAGUCCGAAAUCAUCCCAGCCAGCAACGGGCAUGAGGUGGUCAGACAAGCACAGUCCUCUCAGGAGCCCUACCACGACAAGGCCAGAGAACACCCCGAUGAUGGAAAGCACCCAGACGGAGGCCUGUACAGCAAGGGACCCUCCUACUCCAGUUACUCUGGCUACAUCAUGAUGCCCAAUAUGAACAGCGACCCAUACAUGUCAAAUGGAUCCCUUUCUCCGCCCAUCCCGAGGACAUCAAAUAAAGUGCCGGUGGUGCAGCCCUCUCAUGCCGUCCACCCUCUCACCCCCCUCAUCACGUACAGCGACGAGCACUUUUCUCCAGGAUCCCACCCAUCACACAUCCCGUCAGAUGUCAACUCCAAGCAAGCAGGCAUGUCCAGACACCCUCCAGCUCCUGAAAUCCCCACCUUUUACCCCCUGUCUCCGGGCGGCGUUGGACAGAUCACCCCACCCCUUGGCUGGCAAGGUCAGCCUGUUUAUCCCAUCACGGGUGGAUUCAGGCAACCCUACCCAUCCUCACUGUCAGGCGACACUUCCAUGUCCAGGUUUUCCCAUCAUAUGAUUCCUGGUCCCCCUGGCCCCCACACAACUGGCAUCCCUCAUCCAGCUAUUGUAACACCUCAGGUCAAACAGGAGCACCCCCACACGGACAGCGAUUUAAUGCACGUGAAGCCUCAGCAUGAACAGAGAAAGGAGCAGGAGCCAAAAAGACCUCACAUUAAGAAGCCUCUGAAUGCUUUCAUGUUAUACAUGAAAGAAAUGAGAGCAAACGUCGUUGCCGAGUGUACGCUAAAGGAAAGUGCAGCUAUCAACCAGAUCCUCGGCAGAAGGUGGCACGCCCUCUCCCGGGAAGAGCAGGCCAAAUAUUAUGAAUUAGCACGGAAAGAGAGACAGCUACACAUGCAGCUUUAUCCAGGCUGGUCAGCGAGAGACAAUUAUGGCAAGAAGAAGAAGAGGAAGAGAGAGAAGCUACAGGAAUCGACUUCAGGUACAGGUCCCAGAAUGACAGCUGCCUACAUCUGAAGCAUGAUUAGCAUCUCAGACAGGAUGGUGAGGUCUUCAGCCAGUAGAGAUGUGUGAUGUCAAGUGUUGCCAGAAACCGUGGGAUACACAGAGACUCAGAAGAGGAGGGAGCCGCUAGCUACAGAUCGCAUCUAUGAACUGCUGCCCCGUGCCCCUGCAUUUGGAAUCCUUUUGAUUCUAAUAUAAGGGUGCCAAGCAUUGCUCUUCCCGUAAAACCAUCCCCAACCUAACUGUGCUCACCCAAGACUUAAGAAAGUGCAUACAGACCAGUGUGCUGGCACACAGUAAGCUCAGCAGCUCAGGAGGUAAAGGCAGCCCUUCCCCCGGUAGCUGUGGAAGUCAGGUAGGAGCCAGGAGACCCUGUAGCUCAUUCCCUAGGUAUAAAGUACUCAGGGUUGUGGUAACCCCACGGCUUCCUCUCCAGUGGGCCCCUCUGCACUCCCCAAGACAUGCAUCAUCCUUUGAGAUCUGACCAUUAGCACCCCCAAGGAAAGGUUCUGACACCAUGUCCACCUUAACAGAUCCAUCGAGACAAGAACCCCUCUGGGUUUACUCAGGCAAAGUGAGGCUGAGGACCACAGGCCAUCUGGGGCCUGUCGAAGCCCAAGGUAUGAAGAGAACUGGUAAUCUUCCAGCAGUCACAAUCGGUGGAUGGAAAUAAAACCCAGCAUCAGGG